UCGCUCUCAGGAAAAAACAAAUUUUGUCCCGAAAAGUUACUGGUUUUGCUCUCUCUCUCUCUCUCCCUCAGGGCCGAGAAAUUACCUGUUUUGCUCUCUCUGUCUCUCUCCUUCUCUCUCUCGAAGGGAUGUGAAACUCUGACACAUAGGAUAUUGCCAUUUGAAGAACGAGAAAACCUGCAGUCCUCUGUGUGAGAAACCUUCAUUACCAUCUUUCCGCACUCUAACAGCGAGGAAAAAGCCCUUCUUUCUUUCUUAGUGAAAGAGAGAGAAAAACCUCCCCUUCAGCUCUGCUUUUCUUUAACCAAGCUGCUCACCUCUCUCUCUCUCUCUCUCAUCUAAAAAAUGGCCCAUUGCCUCCAUUUCCAGCAACUAGGCCUCAAAAUCCUCUUUUCCUCCUCCAAAUCUUUAAAUCCUUCACCAAUUCCAAUUAGAAGACGAGCUCUUCAGUUCCUCCUCAGUAAUACUGGCUGCGGUAAUUUGAGGGCCUUUUCUUCUUCUUUAAAUAAUAAAUACAUACAGUUAACAGAUCAUGAGCUCAUGGCUCAAUGUGAGAUGGACACUUUCAAGGCCUCUGGUCCAGGAGGCCAGCAUCGCAACAAGCGAGAGAGCGCAGUAAGGAUCAAGCACCUACCCACUGGAAUCAUUGCACAGGCUGUUGAGGAUCGUUCACAGCAUAAAAACCGGGUAUCAGCCUUAGCUCGUUUACGCACUCUGUUGGCUCUUAAAGUCAGGAAUGCGAUAAACCUUGAUGGUUAUGAGCCUCCACUGGAGCUUCUACGAAUACUUCCUGAAAAGUCGACAAUAAGAGGACCAGAUGUUGGUCCCCAGAUUGGACCAAAUAAUGCAAAGUUUGCACUGGGCAUGCAAGCAUUAUUGGAUCUGAUUUUUGCUGUUGAUGGCUCUAUCUCAGAUGCGGCUAAAUAUCUUGGAUUAAGCACUGGCGCUCUAUCACGGCUGAUACUGUCGGAUGAUUCCCUUAGAGCGGCAGUCAAUGAACUACGAACAUCUAAGUUUCAGGUGAACUUGUUUAUUCUGGUAUAAGUCCCUUUUUUUGGGAGGGUGGAUGGUUUGUGUAUCUGCUGGUGCACACUGGCUUCGCUCGACUCUUAUUGUCUGCUUACAUAGGAAUGACCAACAAUUACCAUAUUUCUUGAGCAGCUUCCUAGAGUAGUAAGGACUUCCCUCUUUCUGUCUUGUGGAUAGGCCAUAUGCUAGAGCAUUUUAUUUUUGGUUAGAAAGCAUGACACUCUUUUUCUUAACAUAGUUUUGUUCCCUAAGUUUUUUUUGCCUUAUGCAACUGUCAUCCAAGGUCUUGAUCAUAGCAGCCAUACUAAAGUCCGAUAAUUUCUGUAUCUAUUAGUUAAUACAUAUAUGUGUGCAUGUGUGUUUGUGUUGGUGUAUGUUCCCAAAAGUUGACUGGCUUUAAUCAUGUCUGUUAAAGCCCUCAAUUGCCUUUCCUUGCGCAAGAUUUAAGAAUUGUGUCCAACCAUAACAACCAAAUUGAGGCCAACAUGGUGGCUCGCCAUAGGAACAAUCCAAUGGCAGGUAGUGGUGGACAGAAAUAUCCUGAAAAUAGAUGUUGGACAUUUUGGGCCACACCCAGACCCCUUCAAAAUCUCCUAGGAUAAAAGCUCAGAUCUGGACAGCAACUGGUCACUGGGUAAAAAGAGUUUCCUUUGAUCACUAUACAUAACAAAGGAACAUACAUAAACACAUCUCCACCCAAAAACUUAUAUAUAAUAAUACAGUUAUAAAUGUCUGUGUGUGUUCGUCUUUAUGUUUGGUAGAUGGGGCAGGGAUGAGAUAGGAAGCAUUCAAUUGUCUUAUGUAGGUAAGAGAGGAAAACAGUAUUAUAUAUUGCAGUGCUGGUGUUUUUGUUUGUCUUGAUGCUAUCCAUAUCAGUAUUGGUAUUCUCUUUUUUCUUUUUUUUGAAAGUGUUAACCUUUAAUAAAAUAGUAAAUCAGUAUAAAAGACCUUGGCAAUCCACAGUAAAGGUUGGAUGCUCAAGGGAAGAGAGGCCCAAAAGUGGAAUCAAAAUUCUCUUUUAAGAGGUUAAAGUGAGACACAACCACCUAGAAAAACAGGUUUAUCCACCAAAUUGGGUCCAAAAAAUAGAAGGCAAUAACUAAAAAGCCCAAACAAGUUAUAGUCGUCUACCAUUGCUGCUGCUUCUUUGGCAAGGGAGUCAGCUGCUUGGUUUCCUUCCCUCCAUGUAUACAUCCACACGACGGACAUAUUCCUGCAAAGGUAUUCAAUUUCAUCAAACAAGUGGUUCAGAUGCCAAGGGGAAGGGGAGGAGGGAAGAUUCUGCGCCCAAGAAAUUGUGUUCUUGGAGUCUCCCUCGAUGAGGAGGGAAUGGAAUGUAAGUGGAAGGGUUAGUCUGAGGGCUUCUAAGAGUGCCAUCACUUCGGCCUCCAUGGAAUUAGCGUGGCCAAUGUGUUUGGAGAUAGUUGCCACAGUAGCACCGAGGUGGUCUCUGAGGUUGGCUCCAAUGCCUGAAGGACCAGGGUUAUCGAGAGAGCACCUUCAAAGUUGAGCUUAUGCUUCCCCACUGGUGGAGGUUUCCAUCUUGAUGCUCGCGGCAAUCGCAAGCGAUGGAAUUGAAGGACGCUGCUCCAAUCCUGGUUAAAGGUUGAGGAGGGAACACCGUUGAAGAAUUGGUGGUUGGUUGCCCAAAAAAUGAUUGUGGACUUAAGUUUGUUGAAGACUUUGAGCCAAUUUGAGGAUGCCCCUCGGAAAAUUAUGUUGUUCCUCUCGAUCCAAAGUGCCCACAAAGCAGCAGCCACCAUCGUUUUCCAAAGAAGGAUCCCUUCUUUAUGUCAAGGGAAAGGUUGGACGGAAGAUAUGAUGGAGGUCACAUCUGCCAGUAGCACCCGUUGCACAUUGAACAGUCUGAGGAUAGCUCCCCAGAGAUUGAAGGCAUAGGGGCAGUGCAGUAGGAGGUGGUUGUUUGUCUCUUCUUUCAAGAGGCACAUGACACACCUAUUUGGAAUCGGGAUCCCUCGUCUUUGUAGCUGAUCUACUGUUAGAGCUGUCUGUGAGAGAGCCAGCCACAUGAAAAUCUUGAUUUUUGGUGGUACAGAAGAUUUCCAAGAAAGAGGAAACCAAGAAGUCCCCUGAUGUUGAAGGACACCAAAUGAUCUGAUCAGGCCCCGAUGGUGCUAUGAAAAGGGCCUGGAGUUCUACCGCUAGAGUACUGGUAUUGUUUCUAGACCAAAUUGAUCAUUUCCAUAUCAAAGUAUUUCCUAUCUAUAUUUUUCUACAUAUCAACCCCGUACAGAAAGUAGUCGAUAGUUCUACCUCCUGGUAAAUAAAAUUUAUAAAUGGUGUGAGUAUAUAGAUUCUUCUUGCAAUAGGGAACAGGCUUCCGAGUAUUUUCUUGAGUAGAAAAUCUCUGACUACACUUUGUCACUGGUUUCCUGUCUUACUCUUGUGCCUCUGCGUUUUGGUCA